AAACGUAUGGAAGUUAAAUUCUUAUGGACACCCUCCGAUCCAUUUAUCGUGAACCAGAAAAACCAUUGUGUAAAUGGAAUAGGGCGGUUUUGAUAUGAUUAAAAUAAUGCCGACCAUGCAAAAGAACCAUUCUUCCACUAAGAAGCACUUACUAUAAAAUGGAAUAUUUCACUUUGAGAACUUGUAAGUAACAUAAUUGAACUACUUGCAUAGUCUUUCAACUUGUUUACAAGUGCUUGCUUUUUAGUUGGUGGUCACAUAAACAACUUCAUUUGUUGUUGUUUUUUUGACUUCCAAGAACGUGGGUGCCUUGCCUUAUAUCCUUCUAACUUCUGAAAAACCUACUGAUAAUGACAAAAAUAAGCAUGAUCUUUUUAGUCUAGUGAAAAUUGACAUUUUAUUUUUCUAUAUAGGAUUAGUGAGGGGUCUAGUAAAACAAGUAGCCAAAUUGUGUUACUUCACUUCCCUUUAAGUUCUAUAAAUACUCUGUUUUAGUUAACAAGCUAUACUAGCUGGACACAAAUUAUGGAAUUCACUAGAUUUUGCUUCUUGGUUUUUUCUGUUUUCUUGAUUUACAAUGUUUGUUCAGUUCAUGGUAGGUUCUAUGAUUAUCCCAAAGUGUCGCGUUUUCGUGCAUUGUCACAAAUAUCAAUGCCACCUUCCCCUGCUCCUGCUCCUGCCCCUGCCCCUGCCCCUUCCCCUGCACCUAAGGAUGAUCCAACAAUUGACAAUGUGAAGAAUUCAUCAAAUGAUUAUGCAGCAGGCAUUUUCAAUGUGUUGUCUUAUGGGGCUGUUGGUGAUGGUGUGAUCGACGAUACACAAGCAUUUAAGAUGGCUUGGGAUGCUGCUUGUCAAGUUGAUUCAGCUAUUCUACUGGUUCCAAAACACUAUUCCUUUAUGAUCCAAUCCACAAUCUUCACUGGUCCUUGCAAAAGUGGGCUAAUUUUUAAGGUUGAAGGAACCAUUAUGCCACCAGAUGGACCUGAUUCAUGGCCAAAAAGUGUCAGUAAGAAACAAUGGUUAGUCUUUUACAGAAUUGAUGGGAUGUCAAUGAAAGGUGGUGGACUCAUAGAUGGUAGAGGAGAAAAAUGGUGGAAUCUUCCUUGCAAACCACAUAAAGGAAUAAAUGGAGCAACUCUACCUGGUCCUUGUGACAGCCCUGUGGCUAUAAGGUUCUUCAUGAGCUCAAAUUUGACAGUGCAAGGGCUUAAAAUCAAGAACAGCCCACUGUUCCAUUUCAGAUUUGACAGUUGCCGCGAUGUCCAUGUUGACUCACUUUACAUAAAAGCACCACCUCAGAGCCCCAAUACUGAUGGAAUUCACAUAGAGAAUACCAAUGAUGUCACAAUAAGAAACUCAAUAAUCUCCAAUGGUGAUGACUGUAUUUCAAUUGGAGCUGGUUGUUACAAUGUUGAUAUAAGGAACAUGACCUGUGGUCCAAGUCAUGGAAUAAGCAUUGGCAGUCUAGGCAUUCGCAAUUCCCGGGCAUGUGUAUCCAACAUUACAGUUCAAGAUUCAACUAUUAAGUAUUCAGACAAUGGUGUUAGGAUCAAGACAUGGCAAGGAGGAUUUGGGACAGUAUCCAACAUUAAUUUCAACAACAUUAGAAUGGAAAGUGUCCGAAAUCCGAUAAUUUUAGAUCAAUAUUACUGCAACACAAAGAGCUGUGCAAAUCAAACUUCAGCAGUGUACAUAUCUGAUGUGAUUUAUUCAAACAUAAAGGGUACUUAUGAUGUGAGAAGUCCACCAAUGCAUUUGGCUUGUAGUAACAGUGUCCCUUGCACAAAUUUGACUUUUUUGGAUGUGGAGUUAUAUCCUGCUCAAGGACAAAAAAUCUUGGAACCAUUUUGUUGGAAUGCUUAUGGAGCUCUAAUGACUCUUACAAUUCCACCAGUUUUUUGCCUGUUGGAAGGCACACCUCAGUCAUUACCAAGUAAUGAUCUUGAUCAAUGCUGAUAGAUGAUUUGCUAAGAAUAGAAACUUGUAAAAGAUGGAGUAAUUAAUAGUAUGUAUUAAAGUUUUAGCUCUACUAGUAUUGUUGCAGAGGGGACUAAAACUUAAGUGUAAGCAUGUAUCUCUUUGUUAAUGAUAUAAAAGUAUAUUUUAAACCAUGGUAUACUAUGCUUUGUCAGUUUUAGAAUAUCUUCUGCUUUCCUUUUGAUUUAACUUGCAUACACACACUGAUAGUGUAAAUAACUUUCAAGUAUCAACUUGUCAUAUAAGCCCAGACUCUUCACUUUUGAUGCCGCACCCGUGUCGGAUUCUCCAAGAAUAUACUAUUUUGGCGAAUCCAACACACACCCCUUGACAUUUUUGAAGAGUCCGAGCAACAUAGAGCCCAGUACACAAAGCAUCCCAAGUUAGCAAGGUUAGGGGAAGGGUCGCAACCCAAAGGGUGUACGGCAAACAUUAGUGGAAGUAGAUUUCACAUGCUCGUAAAAAGGUAAAAAGUAACAUUGAAAAUAACGUAGGUUACCUUCUAUAUAUCAUGAUAAAUUACACUAGUAGUGUAAAUAAGUUGAAUCAAAAGGACGAUAUCAAACUCAAUGGUUGUACGAAAAUAGGUUUGGCAAUCCCUUUUACCUUUUUGAAUUUUCUAAAUUUAGUACUAAUUACAGUAGCAGGUAGGUUAAUCGUACACAUAGGUUAACUCGAGAUGUCCCUAUAACUAGAAAAUCUCUGGAGUAAAAGACGCACAACAGCUUUUUCCUUUAGGUAAAACAUGCAGCCAAAUACUAGUGAUUCUAAUUAGUGACGAUAUCCUUUUGUGGUCCCAACUAAUCUAAAAUGUGCGAGUUUAUAAUAUUCCUAAAAAUUUGAAAAAAUCACGACUUCUAUUAAGGUAAAAGAAAUUUCUAUCUCUCCCUACACAAAUACUCGAUGAUAGUUGUUCAACAUCAUCAUCUACUCAAGUUAUUAAUUAUUACAGAGGAGGGCGAAUGGAAGGGCUAGAAUGACAUUAAAUUAAAGAAGAUCCAAUAAUUAAGAGUAUGACAUGAUUAAUGUAAUAGUGGGAGUGGCAGAGCUGACAGCACUAUAGUCUAUAAAUGGAAAAAAUUGAGGUCCCAACAUAGCAAAUGGAGGAAGGCGGCGCUACAACCUACAAUUCACCCAUUUUCAAUUUCUCAAACACGAUAUAUAUAUAUAGCACACAAGUAAAAUGUAGUACGCAAUUCUUUUAACUUAGCUGUAGGGGCGUGCUAAAUAAAGUAGUGGCCGGUGCACGGGGAACCUAUGUCAUGAAUUCUUCUACUCUAUUUCCUAGUAACUACAAAUGAUUUUAUUUUUUUAAUUUUUUCGUUUCUUUGAAGGUCACGUGCUUGAUUAUACUAUGUCAUGAAUUCUUCUAUUUUGUUUUCUUUCACAGAAAAACCCGGAAAGUAUGCAUAAGUUGUAAUUCUCUCCUUUUGUGUUGAAGGUAGCUAAGUCUUGAACUUUGAACUCCGCGGGCAAAACUUCAAGUUUAUGAGUUUUGACCUUGAAGGGUCGCCCAUGAACCAAGUGGGAGUCAAAAGUUCAAGACCACGCAUUUUCAAGGUCAUUGGGUGUAAUUUUCUGCCCAAUUUUGUUACUAUGAUCAGCCAAAAGAACAGAAAGACACUAAUGCAAGAACAUAAAUUGAAGGACAAGUUCCUAUCAUGUCCAUUACUUUGAAAAGAAGAUACAGAAAGCUGUAAGUUUGCUCGCACAUAAGCAUGAAACAUCUCCAAAUCAACGAGAUUAACCACCCAAGGAAUGUUGACGAAGAUACAUGUACACACCAAAUGCAUUUGCCAUUCACUAAAAGUUCACCGUUUAUUAAAGCAUUACAUUUAUAUCCAGAUCAACCUUCUUCUGCAUACACAGCAUAAAUAACAAGGCAAAUACACUUCCGGACACAGAA